AGCAGAAGCGUCGUAGCUAAAUACAUUUUAUUUUGCUUACUUUUACUUUCACUAUCAAAAUGUUUACACCGAUGUUCAAGAUGGCAUCGUGUAUGAACUGUUUCAAACGUUGUUGUGACGGAAAUGUUGGAGGGAGUUAUGUUCAAAUGCGAGAGCAACCCGCUGUUUUACUAGAUACAUCACACAUGGGUCAUGAAGUGGUAAUUGUUAAAAACGGACACAGAGUAUGCGGUACUGGUGCUGCUUUGGCCAAUGUCCCCAUUGUACAGAAUAAAGCUUAUUUUGAAAUGAAACUACAACAGUCUGGUGUGUGGGGUGUUGGUGUAGCGACGAGACACGCUGAUCUGAAUAAGGUUCCAUUAGGAAGAGACAAGGAAUCGUGGGUGUUGACCAGCGAGGGAACAAUUGUACACAAUGGAGAUAUUUUGUAUAAACUAUCAGAAAUGCCUUUAGAAGGGGACAUUGUAGGAGUUUCUUAUGACCAUGUUGAAAUCAACUUUUUCAUAAAUGGAAAGAAUGUUUUGUGUCCUGUUACUGGAGCUAAGGGCGAAGUUUUUCCCGUUUUGUAUGUUGAUGAUGGUGCGAUACUUGAUGCAGCUUUCUCCACUUUUACUCAUCAGCCUCCAUCAGGAUUUGACAGAAUAAUGGUUGAAAAAUCCUUGUUGUAAUUUCAUCUGCAAGAAAAGCUAUUUUCAUAUCCAUCAUCACAAUAGUUUUUCCAGUCUGGCCUCUCUUUUGUGGGAUUAACCCCUUCAUUCCUGUUUUGUUUUUCUUUUUUUAAAUGAUCUUUUUCGAUAUUUAAAUUUUGUUGAGGAUUCACACACUAACACAAAUCUGUUAAACUAGUUUACGGAAAUUGUUGCUUUAAUACAAUAACAUUGUAAUUUUUUCUUUUUUAAAUUAUAAUAACAGACAUCCAGUAAAUGAACAGAAACAAAGAAAAUUAUUUUACCUAUGCUCUGAUUUUAUUAAAAAUAUUGCAAUUCUAGUUUUCAAAAAAAGAAUAUCGCCAACUUGUUUCUGCUGCAUAUAAAUAUGUAUUUUCGUAUGACGAUUACAGUGUUCCAUUCAUUUCAAUAUCAAUCCUAUUCUGUUUGAGGCAUUUUUCAUUUCUUCUGCCAUCAUUUAUUUAAAAAUAAUUUUUUAUCUGGUCUACGAAAAAGAAUCUACAUCAAUAAUAUAAAGGGUAAUAAGUUAAGUCAAUGAGACGAAUUACAUUUAAUGAUCUUCAUCUUAACGAUGUCUUCAACCUGUGUAAUAUUUACUGUGUUUUGCAAUCACAAUCUUAAUAUAUAUUUUUACAGUCCUUUUCAGGAAUGAAGU